CUUUAAUGCCAACAGGAUUACCAAAAUAUGACCUUUACAGACGUAAGCUAGCUGCUGUUUACUGAAGCCAAAUAUACCGAACUCUGAGUGAUGGAUUUAAUUGUGUCUGAGUCCAAAGUUCUUUGCUUUGUCAUAGAGAAUAUAGACCUAAAUAGAGCUUUCGUUUCUCCCCCAUAAAGACUCCCAGCUAUUGACUGUAGUGUAAUCAUUUGUCAGAGGCUAAAUACCUGCAGCCAGCCAAGACUGCUGCUGACCCACAUUUGGGACUUCAUUUGAGGGGAAAGGCAAACAGGAAGUUGUAAAUGAGAAAAAAAGAAGAAGAAGAAAAAAGAAAAACAAAGGAAGUGCAUGGGGAAGUUGUCAGAGAAAAACAAAAGUAUGCACGUUCUUGUUUUGCUGAUUGGUUGAAAUGUGUGUCACAGGUUAUUUUACCUAACAGGUGUAAAUAGGUGUAUUUUUUGAAGUUAAGACACACUUUAACAGAAAAGAGGCAGCACUUAUGGGUUUUGUGUUUCCUUGGUUGUUUCGAGGAGGUGGCGGCUGACUGGUCCCUACUAGAUUUUUCUAAAAGAGUGUUCCCAUGAGGCCAGCUCGAAUGGGACUUCCAAGACUUCAGAAAGGGCCAGGCUGGGAGAGGGAGUGAGCAUGGACAACCUUCCUGACUUCUGUGGCCCGUGUCCAUCCAGCCGCCAGGAAUGGGAUACCAACAGCUGUGUGGAAGAUUUAAUGGAUGAAGAUGAAAAAGACAGAGCGAAAAGGGCCUCCCGAAACAAAUCGGAAAAGAAAAGAAGAGACCAAUUCAAUGUGCUCAUCAAGGAGCUAUGCACCAUGCUACAGGGUCAGGGCCAUCCACGCAAGAUGGACAAGUCCACGAUACUGCAAAGGACUAUUGACUUCUUGCAGAAACAGAAAGACAUCACUGCACAGAAUGAAGUCAGCGAUGUGAGGCAGGACUGGAAACCGUCUUUCCUCAGUAAUGAGGAGUUCACUCAGCUCAUGCUGGAGGCCUUGGAUGGUUUCCUGGUUGCAUUAACCACUGAUGGCAACAUCAUAUAUGUAUCUGACAGCGUGUCUUCACUUAUUGGCCAUUUGCCGUCAGAUAUGGUGGACCAAAAUAUCUUGAAUUUCCUCCCGGAGAGGGAACACGGGGAGGUGUAUAAGCUGCUAUCAUCCCACAUGCUGAUGACUGACCCCGUUGCCGCCGACUUCCUUGACAGCGAGGCACAUAUUGAAUUUUGCUGUCAUCUAGCCAGAGGAAACUUGGACCCAAAGGAGCCACCGGUGUACGAGUAUGUCAAGUUUGUCGGAGAUUUCAAAUUUCACAACAAUGUGCCUACGUCUUCUUGUAACGGACAUGAACUGACGUUACCCAGAAGUCUACAGUCAUCUCUGGAGGAGCAGGUCUGCCUCAUUGCCACUGUACGAUUGGUCACUCCGCAGUUUCUGAAGGAUUUGUGUAACGUGGAAGAUCCCUGUGAUGAAUUCACCUCCAGGCACAGCCUUGAAUGGAAGUUUCUGUUUUUAGAUCACAGAGCUUCACCCAUCAUCGGCUACCUACCCUUUGAGGUGCUUGGAACGUCUGGUUAUGACUACUACCAUGUGGAUGACUUGGAGCUCAUAGCACAGUGUCACAAACAAUUAAUGCAGUUUGGAAAGGGCAAGUCCUGCUACUAUCGCUUCCUGACCAAAGGACAGCAGUGGAUUUGGCUGCAGACUCACUACUACAUAACAUACCACCAGUGGAACUCCAAGCCCGAGUUCAUCGUGUGCACUCACACUGUCGUCAGCUAUGCUGAGGUGAGAGCCGAGCGGAGAAGAGCUUUUGGACUUGAAGAGCUGUCUCCUCCUGAAAUAGCGCCCUCCUCAGUGAAGGCUCAGGAGCUGUACUUGGACAUCUGCUCGACUCUGGAUGCUUCGCAGGACAGAAACAGCGGAGCACGUUCAGUGUCCUCCCAGAGCUCCCGGAAGUCCUCCCACACAGCGCUGUCGGACUCCGCAUCAGCAAACUCCUACACAGAGGCCUGCACACCGUCAUGGCAGUCAGCUUCCAUCGGGCAGGAGAAGACACCUGCCAGACACCAAUCCAGUGGCUCUAAGAAUUUGGCCCAAAGACAAAAUUCCUUUGAUUUUGUUCCCCAAAUGAGCCUCCCUCUCUCUCCUACCUGCAGCAAGCACUCAGCAAUGCAGCAACAGCAGCAGCAGCAGCAACCGCCGCCAUCGCAACAGUCCUCCAUGUAUCAGCUGCAGCAGCCUCAGCUGGGCGUGAUGAACCAGCUGAAGGAGCAGCUGGAGGAACGGACGCGCAUUCUGCAGGCCGACAUAAAGACUCAGCAACAGGAGCUGCACGACAUUAAGGAGAAGCUUCAGCUCGCUAACCUGCAGAUGUUGUUACAGCAGCCUACCCACGACUUUGGGCAGGCGCAGCAGCCGCCGCAGCAGCAGCAGCAGCAGCAGCAGCAGGGCCCAGGAAGGCCGGCUCAGCAGAGCCAAGCGGGGGUCAUCAGGCAGCUCUCCGGACACCCCAAACCAAGCGCCUGCGGGACUCACACUACAUCCCCUCACUCUGCUGUCAGAGACAACAGUUCACCAACGACACAGGCCCAGCAGAGGAUCCCACGCCAAUCGCAUUCAGUAAGUUUGCCUGUACAGACCAACACGAGUCGGACGAUGCCCUUCUACAGCAACCCUAUGAUGUUCUCUCAGCCCAAUGCCCGGCCUCAGCAGGAUGCAAACCAAAGACACACAGACAACCAGUUCAACCAAGACGGACAGUUAAGGAUGCUCCUCAACCAGCCAAUGCAGACUCUGGUUCCUACAAGCAGUGUCACCUCACAGCCCUCCCAGUGCAACAUGGGUAUCUCCCAAACCCUAUACAACCUGGAGCAGCCAAUCAUCGGCCCCUCCUUCUCCAUGCAGCAGGUCAACUGCAACGCAGUGCUUGUGCCCUCACCGGUGUUCACGUCCCCCAUAAUGAUCCCACACAACACCUUCAUCACACAUCAGUCCCAGCCGGCCUACCACUCCCAGCCUCAGGCAUCACAGCAUUCCCUGCAGCUUCAGCAGCCACAGCAGUUCUUUCAGAUGACUCAAGGACUUGUUCACAGUGGAUCCACUCAAGCUUUCUUACAAACCACUAACGUCUCGCAGCAAAGCACCGUGGGAUACAUUCAGCAGCAGCCACAGACGCAGCAGCUGCCUCUGACACAGCAGCUGCAGCCGCAGCAGCAGCAACGGCAGUACCAACAUUCCCAAAACCAAACUGGCAACGUUUCAGAGUUCCGAAACAUGUUGACUCGGUAGCACUACAGACUCGGUCCGAGCACUGAAAUCCGCCGCUGUGGCGCGGCUCUUCGGGCGGCGUUGUGAUCGGUCAAACUUUACUGGAAGUCCCCCGGGAUGUGGGGAGAUUGUUCGCAGAGGAUCUGACCUUUGACGUAAAGCCGCCCGUUCGGAGGAAGCCGGCACACGAGUCGCCGCAGGCUGCACUGACCCGAUGUAGGUUGCAGGAUCUGAGCAGAGCCUGAGGGGCCGGGUCACAACCAUCACAAGGCAACAUCGCACGACGAGGAGGUGCAAGGCUCUCCUGCAGUUGCUUUACAAACCCACAUGUGGAAGGUCCUCUUUUUCAGUGUCUGUUUAUAGCCUACCCGAGAGUAAAAUAUUUAUUGUUGACCCAUAAAUUAAUGUUCUAUUCAUGACACGGCUUCACAAUGAGAUUAUCUAUUCAAUCUUAAGUCUGACACCCCCCACAGUGACACAUCUUUAAGAUUUCUUUAGUCUAAAGUGUCACAUCUGUUCAACGGUACCCAGCGUCUCUCAACCGUGCAUGUAGAGGCGAGCUUUACAGUGCAAUACAACCUUAAGGUGACCGUCAUAUCAAAACAUGGUAUUAGCAGUGGACGUUACAUGGAACUGUGGAAGCUGGGAGGGAGAUCAUCUUCAAUUAUAUGGAAUCUAGAUUUUUAAAGCCUCAAUCUGAACUGAAGAACGGGUGCUGUGAAAUUCCUACAACUUCUCACAAAAAGCUCUGAAAUGUUGAGAAGUUAUGCAGUCCUAGAGUAAGAUAAAUAAAUAUAUAACAGCCACCAAAGGGGGGAACUUGUGCCUUCAGCCAUACUUGUUAUGGCUUGAUAGUUUCGUCUGAUUACGGCUUUAAAAAUCCAGCUCAGGUCCACUUGAGAAAUAAAAGGUUUAUUUUCAUAAGAGUAUAAUUCUAAUUUUCUGCAUCAGAUUGAAAAUAUAUUACAAAAAUAGAUUUGUAUUGGAUAUAUUACAUACAUACAUACUGUGUAAUGGGUGACUUUUGAAACCUUUACAUGUCCGGCUAGUCUCUAAUUUCCUGAAAGUGUCUGUAGUGAAGAUAUCAGAUAUAAAUGGAAUUAUUAUUUUUAAAGAAAGUAUAUGAUAAAAAAAAAAUUGUUUUAUACACAAAAUUUUUCAUAGAUUUUUGUGUCAUUUUAGACAAUGAGAGGUCAAACCUGCUCCCUGGUCCUUGUGUCUUGUCCCAUUCAUGGUUUAAUAAAAACUGUUUUACAUGCACCACCAAUUGGCAUGUGGUGUUUCUUGAUUGUAGAGUAACAACACGCUGCUGCAGAUUUUAUUCAGGCUUGGCCAGUCUUUUAGUCGUUAUCAGGAGAUUUGAUUAAAAAGUAAAGUUCAACUGACUUGUAAAUAUGUUAUUUACCCAGAAAAAUUCUGAUGUGCCCUCUUCCUGAAACUGAAAAUGUUACAAAUCCUUUUAUGUUGCAUUAUUUAAACUGAUGAUGAUGUGAAACGACUAAUCUGCUUUGCACUUCCCGUCUUUGCCAGUUUGGGAUUUGAAGACGAACAAUAUAUAUAAGCCGAAGGAAUAAUGCUGCAUUUAUGCACUCUUUGCAGCUCUCAGAGCUCGAUAACAAUGGAAUAACGGUUGCAACAGACAGUAAGGAUGAAUGGAGCAUGUUGUUGAAGCCUCAGGAAGAAAAGAAAAAAUGUUUUUAAGCUGGGAUGAAAUCUAGAUUGAAAUUAAAAUAUAUUUAAUUCAAACUGCCCCAGCUUUAUAGAAUACCCACUUUUGUUGCCACACUUUAUAAAAGAUAGAUAUGCAAGUUCCGGUAGAGAGUGCCCAUUUUUUGUUUUUUUGCACAACACUCAGCAUGUGCGUUCAGUGCCGUUUUACACUUUCUUUUUUUAAAAUGUGCAAUGUCAAUUCAAAAGAAGAAUGUUAAUUUAUACUGUUUUUAAUGUUUCAGAGCAGAUGUAUAUUUAGAUGAGCUAUAUGCAGCUGUAAUUUAUAUGGAGAGAAUUUUAAUGGAAACAUUCCUGUGACCGUAUCUUUUUGUUCGGAUGAAGAGCAAGAUGACACGAGGUCUUUUUGUGUGCGUACAACUAGAUGCUUGCUAACCAAAAAACCCCCCACAAAAUUCUAAAGUGGAGACAAUAGAAAAGGAGAUUAAAUGAGGAAGUCUUUCGUUCUGUUUGACAGAUAUUCAGCCAAAAUAAAAUAGUUACAAGCAAAAGUGCAAUUUGUCUACUAUCAUCCAGUCAUUUUAGUCAUCAUAUUUAGUCUAAAUUUGUGCUUUAGUCAUCAGUUUGCUUCCACAAAUUUUAGGGAUCUGGCUAUUCAAGUAACUCAACAAGUGCCAUAAACAGAUAUAUAAUAUAUAUUAUAUAACUUUAUUUUAAAGUAAAAUAAAUGUAUCGUUUUGGAGAAAUUCAAAGAAUGCAAUUCCCUAUUCUAUUUCAACUCUCCAUCAGAAGUAUCAGUUUUAAUUGUUUUAGCUCGUGGAAGUAAAGAAAAAAAAAUCAUCCAACUCCAGUGUUGUGUAAAUUAUUUUGCAUGGGAUCUCUGGUGAGUCUUUUGUUUUGCUUCACAACGGCUGUAUAUACGGCAUCUGCAGUGUUUGUUGUUAAAAUGCCCUAAACUUGCUCAUGCAUCCAUUUUUGGGUUUUAUUUUACUCCCUCCAAGUUCAGAUCGCUUUCUUUACGAGGCUUUUCAUCAAGUGUGAGUUUUUGUUCUUGAAGGGAUGUGAUUUGAUCCUGUUUCACAUGUAUUUUUUACUGAUUCGUGACAUACGAGCGCCACCCUUUUGUGUGAGCAGAACACUUUGUGUGUUGACACGCCGGGAUGAGAGAAGAAAACAUCCUGGUUAUUGGAGAUUUCUGCCUUUUCAGAGCAGAAAUCAAACAAAUCCUUUAUAAUAGAAUGUAUAAAAGGACAAAAAAAUAGGCUAAAUGGUUGUUUAUUUUAUACAAUUAAAAGAUUACAAAUGUAUGUUCAUGAUUUGCAAAUUAAAGUAAUUUUGUAACAGAU